AUGUCGAUGAGGACCAAGAUCAAUGGCUACACUGCCUGGGUAAAUCUGCGGCUGAUGCCAUAUGACCACCUACUAAACAAUGCUCUAAUGGAUCUACUCACAGGAACUCACAUGAAGUUCCUUCUGGAAAGCAUCACUGGUCGAGACAUAAAACGACUGGAGAGCUUUGAUGACCUUUCCCAGCAGCAGAAACAGACACGGGUAGAGUGGGUAGUGGAUGAACUGAAGACAUGCCAAGUUCUACCAGACGAUGUUGUUGUUGACUCUAGACUAUUUGCUAUGAGGAGUGCAGACCAUGUGUUUGAUCUGCUGUGGAGAUUGAUCAGCCAUGAUAUAUGGUUUGUGUGGGAGAGGGCUGAAUACCUACAACAUGUAGACAUGGAUGUCCUCACACAGAUUCCAUUCAAAUGGACUCCAGACCCACCCCCUAAAAAGAAGAAAAGCAAGAAGCCUAAGAAAUCCUUACUGUCAGGCUUUGGAUCUGGAUCUGCUGCAGGAGAUGACAGUGGUACUUUAGACUCAAUUGAUCUGAGUUCACCAUCACCAAUAAUGGCAGAUGAUGUUAUGGAUGACUGGGUUAAAUACCCUAAUGCUGAAUGGGUAAAAAAUUUCAAAAAGAAGAAAAGGGAAAUUGGCAACUACCCUAGUCCUGAUGAAUGUAUCUUGGAAAUGGUUAACUACCAACUCAAGACGACGAGAGAUGGAAGAAAUCUGAGUUGUCAUACAAUUGAUGACUUUGUCGACAGUAGAGUGUUAUGUGCCCUUGUCAAUUCUUUUGUACCCAACACAUUUACCACUGACCUCCUCCUCAAUGACAGAUGGACCAUAAACCUUGCACUGCGUACUGCAGAAAAAAUGUUUUAUGCAGAAACACCAUUUGAUUCUGAGGACUUAGUUGAGGCUGAUCCAACAGCAGUGUGUGCUUAUUUCUGUUUUUUCCUGAUGAUGGCAUACAAAUACCGCCAAUGUAAGGCUGCUGUUAGCCGUGUAGAUUACAUCAGCAUGUUGAUCAGGGAGUGUAAUCAUGAGAUUAGUAAGUUCCCAGCUAUUGUAUCAAACAUGCAGGAACUCCAGCGUAGGAAGGAGGUGAAGACUGAGAUAGAACAACACAAACAAGCUCUGGAGAAGUUCAAUAGCCGUUUUGAUAUUCCCUACUGUAAGAAGUGGUUAAACCAUGUGGAAUUUGUACAGAAUGAGGUGAGGAGACAAAUCAGAGAGAAGAUGAAGAGUCGGUUUGACAUGAUAACUGCCCCACGCAACAUCACAGUGAAUGACAUGUGUCUAUCAUGUGUUAUCAACCUGACACUCACAAAUGGCUCAGGAUUUUACUUAGCAAGCAAUAAGGAAGUUUUGGGUGAUGGAAGGAAAGUUGUCCUGAGAGCCAAAGAAACUGGGGACUUCAUUGACGAUUUCAGUACUGGACGUUCCCGAGGGCCGACUGUCAGAGAAAUUUUAAAGGUAGCUGAUGCUGGUGUAGUGGAACUUUACCCUGAUAAUUACCCAGAGAUUGAGAUCUUUGUUGAAUCCCAGAGUCGGAACAAGCUCCUGAAGGCAGGCACUGUGUUCCUGUAUCAGGUCUUCCCUGGUAACACCACCACCUGGCAGAGACUCUUCAUCAAGUCAGCUCGAGAGAAUGAGUUUGAGACUGUUCAAAAGAUGAUUGUAUUCUUCCAAAGUAAUCCAUCCUUCAUCAAUGCUAAAGAACCAAAAACUGGGAACACUGCUCUUCAUUGGGCCUGUAGGAAUGGUCUAUUUGACAUGGUGUGCCUGCUGCUGGAGAAUGGAGCCAAUGUGGACUCAAAGAAUUCUAAUAAGAGUACCCCACUGUUUGCUGCCAUCGAGGGAUUACACAGGAAAAUUUGCCAUCUGCUGAUCGAAUGGGGCUGUGAUGUUCAUUGCAAGAAUGUCAAAAAUCUGACUCCAUUUGAGAUGAUAAAAAAUGAUGAGUUCAAACACUACCUGAUAGAGUUAUAUGGACACUAUUCUGAAAUUGUACCAAAGAUCAUGGAAGGUGACAAGGCGUUGUUAGAUGAUGUCAUACACAAGCAUGCUAUCAAACAGAAACAGUUUUGUAGCCUCCGCAGUAGGUGUAUCAACGGAAGCACCCUAUUGCACACAGCUGCCUAUUACGGUAACGUGGCAGCUGUCAAGGAACUCAUGCAGCUGAGAGUAGAUGUAAACAUCCGAGACUAUAAGGGUGCUACUGCUCUCCACCGAGCCCGAAACAAAGACAUCUUAGAGGUGUUGUUGGAGUCAGGGGCCAGUGUUGAUGCUGAGGAUGGAGAGGCUAAUACUCCGCUCCAUGUCAAGUGUUAUGGAGAAACAAAUGCUCCAUCAGAAAUAGCAUCAAUAGAAGUACUGCUUGCCAGGAAUGCCAACCUUGCCAGAAGAAAUAUCAGGGGCCUUCUCCCCAUACAUUGUUGUGCCAUGCAGGGCCGUGUGGAUGUGAUUCGUCUGAUGGUACGAGCCGACACUGAGAACAACAUCUCGAAGGCCAUCUCUGCAGAGGAUGAUAAAAAGCCACCUAGUCUGUUACAUUUAGCUAUUGCCAAUGAUUUCAUAGAAUGUGCAAAAUGGUUGUCUACCAAUGGUUUCUACUUCAAAAAAAGGGAACAGGACAUCCUACUACGACGAAUUAUCACAGAACAGAUCACACUUAACGACAGAGAAGAAGCAGUGAAGUUUCUAUUGGAAAAUGAAGCAGACCCGAGUCCUCGAUAUCCUGGAGGAAAUACGUGUCUACAUUAUGCUGCUGGCCUGACUGGAUCAUCAGAGGUCCUUGAGCUGUUGCUUGACCAUGGAGCAGAGGUGGACCCAGUUGAUGACAAUGGCUGCACGCCAUUGUUUUUUGCCACGCAAGCUAACAACCAGGUUGCUGCUUGUGUCCUCAUAGAGCAGAAUGCCAAUGUCAGACAUAAAAAUAGCCAGGGUUUGACAGCAUUUGAUUACAUCGUUGAUUUUGAGGAGUGGAUUGAGUGUGGAUACUUCACAGAUGAGAUCAAUGCCAGACUCAAAGCUUACAGUCUGAAGCAUGCCAGAGACCUUAUCAGGGCUAUAUCAAAGAAGGUGAAACCCAACCAACUUCAUAGUUUCCAGGAUAUGAGGAUGAGAUCAGGACUGUCCACACGUUCGUUCCAACCCACUACCAGCAACACGAUCUCUAACUCUCAUUUCUCUAGCCAGCUUCCCUCUAUCCGCCGAGCUUCAGUCUCUACUGGCUACUUCAAAAAUUGAUCAUUUCCCAAACUGACCUCCUGCUGGUGUUUUCCUUAUUUGACCUCUAGCUGGUGACA